AUGUCUGAAUAUCAUGAUGAAUUUUAAGAAGAUCAAUAAAAAUUGAAUGCAUUAAACCUGUCUUGGACAUUAGGGUUUAAUUACAAAAUGGUAAAUGGUGUUCACAACCUGACAAAUGAUUCUCGUAAGGUAUGAUAAAUUUGAAUGUUAGGAAAUAUUUUAUGCAACAGCACAUACAGGAGUGAUAUUUGAUUAUGGAAACAAUUAAUAAAGAUUAUUACAAGGACAUGUAUAUAAUUGUAUGAUUUUAGUGUAAUAAAAUAUCAUGCACAGCAUAUUGUAAGGAAUUGGACAUAAUUGUAACUGCUGAUGCAGGGCCUGAUAGUAUGUUAGUAAUAUGGGAUGCAAAGACAGGAGUACCAAGAAGGACAAUAUUUGAACCACAUACAAAUGGUGUAUAAGCAGUGGAUAUUAGUGAAAAUGGAUAAUAUUUAGUAACAUUAUCAAAAGAAGAACCUGAUAAAAUAUAAUCUAUAUCAUUUUGGGAUUGGUAAUCUUAAGAUCCUCGUCUAAGAACAACAGUCUUAGAUGAUAAAUUAAAAGAUUAUUAAUACUAUGUGACUAUUAAUAAUAAUGCCGAAUAAAAAUAGAAUUAGCAAUAAAUAUUUGAAUUUGCUACUACAGGUAAGAAGAGAGUAGUAUUUUGGAGUUGGGAAUAUGGAGCAGCAGGAUUUGAAUAUUACAGUCCUGAAGUUUAAAAGAAUAAAGUAUUGACUUAAACAGUAUUUAUUCCAAAAAAUAAAAAUGUUGUCACAGGAACAUUAGAUGGAUAUAUAAUAGUUUGGGAUGUAUCUCUAAUUAUUGAGGAAUAUGGAUAACCAGAUGAGAGAAGAGUGAUUAAAAUAGUAAAUCUGAUGAAUGUGGCUAAUAAAUCUGAAACUUAAUAGAAGAAAGGAAAUGCUUAGAUAUUACUAUUAAGAGUUUAAGGAAGAUAUUUGGUAGUAGGAGCGUCAAAUGGAUCUAUAAGAUUUUAUGAUUUUAAAUUUAGAAUUCGAGCUUGGUUUGAAGAUGUUGUGAUUGGAUAAAAUGGAUUAAAUAUUUAAUGUAUUAGUUCAAUAANUAUAUAAAUUUGGAAUUAUAAAAAUAUGAAUAGCAGGAUAUCAAAUUUUGAUAAAUAAGGUAUUUUGA